AUGCAGACAUUUGCAGCACCGGUGUUUGCUAAACUGAGGCAUUCACUCGACAUCACGGAGGAGGAAUAUGUGACAUCCCUCUGCUCAGGAGGAUGCUACCUGCAGUUUGUCAGCAACUCCAAGAGCAAAGCAAAUUUCUUUGUCACGAACGACAAGCGGUUCUUCCUAAAGACCCAGAACAAACGAGAGGUCAUGUUUCUCCUGUCCAAUCUGCAGGCAUACAUGGAGCACUUAGAGAAGUACCCUCAUUCACUGCUGGUGAGGUUUCUAGGUGUACACAGGAUUGUAAUACCCAAUCAAAUGAAGAAGUACUUCAUUGUGAUGCAGAGUGUGUUUUACCCAGAUGAGAGGAUCAAUAUUAGAUUUGACAUGAAAGGCUGUGAGGUGGGUCGAUGGACUAACCCUGACACUGGGGGGGAAAACAUCAUUAAAGUGCUGAAGGACAAUAACUUUGAAGGGCAGCAUAUUGAAUUAGGUCAAGAGAAAAGCUGGUUUGCUGAUCAAGUGAAAGCGGAUGCUGCCUUCCUUCAAGGGCUGAAUGUGCUGGACUACAGUCUCCUGCUGGCCCAUCAGCCUCUGCACCAAGAUGAGCUUGAUGGGAAACACUCUUUGGCAAACCUUGUAAUUCGUACGACAAAGUCUGUGGACAGUCCCACUGGAUCAGACCCCACCAGCACUCCAUUACUGGAGGUCAGUCCAGGUAAGGUGGUACUAGAUACUACAGACUGUGGGUCAGAACAGGGAGCAGCGGAGGCCACUGAUGAAGGGAUCCCCCUCCAAGAAAUAAACAGCCUUCCAAAAGAAACUAACACUGACUCAGAGCUGCAGGAAUUCGCCAAACAUCAUCGCCGGCUACUGCCUAACUGCAAAAAUAGCAUUCAUGCUAUAGAUGGGCCAGAUCGUCGCUACUUUGUGGGCAUUAUUGACAUUUUUACUGUUUACGGUUUGAAGAAAAGACUGGAGAACAUGUGGAAAAACAUCCGCUUCCCAGGCAGAGCCUUUUCCACAGUCAGCCCCCGCAAAUACUCACGCAGGUUCUGCCAGUGGAUACAGGAGCGCACUUACUAACUAAAUGCAGAAAACAUCCAUCAUUGAUAUGCAUGGCACUUACCCAGUUCCAAGUGUCCACUGGAUGGAAGUCAAUAGGCAU